GUUCAACAUUACACGACUGCAAUAACGGUAACCGUGCGUCUUGCACAGAGUCUUGCACCGGUCCACAGUCAUAGUCACAUAAUACUACAGCUCAUACACGUAAACAGACGUACCUACACCUAUCGCACGCGAGUCUACAACCACCUACCCACAACGAAAAAAAAUGACCGUGGUCAACAUUAAGGACAGGGUGAAAAACAACAAGCUGAACUUGAGCGGUCUCAACCUAACGGAGAUACCCGCCAAGGAAAUCGCUCCUCUGAAAGUCUCUCAUCUGGACUUAUCCAACAACAAAAUCACUUCAACAGACAAUGUUUUUUCAUUAUUGCCCAGUCUGGUAAAGCUCGAUUUAUCCGGCAAUCAGAUUAAGAGUGUGGCUGCUGAUAUUGGUUCAUUGCAAAAACUUGCUUUCCUGUCGUUAGCCAACAACAAAAUCAAAGAUCUACCCAAGGGCUUAAGUAAACUAAAACAGUUGAAACACUUGAACUUGAACAACAAUCCGUUGAAACCAGAACUGGUCGAAGCAGUUGGACCAUCACAAAACAAUGCACAAUGCCAGUCAGCAGCUGCCAACGCGAUUCAGUAUUUGAAGGGUGAUUCCAAAAAGCAAGAUGACAAACAAAAUAAGAAGAAGGAUAAGAAAAAUAGCAAAGCUUCUCCAAAUGGUGUACAAAUGAUAAGUCAAAAAAUAAGACCAAACCCAAAAGAAACCAGCUGGUUUGUAUCUAAAGUUUUUGGAUUUUUCGGCAUGCUCAUUUCGUACACACUUUUAUUUGCGGUGUUGAUCGGUUUAUCCUUGUAUGCCUUGUCAUACUAUGACAAGAAAGCAUAUGGUAAUGUCAAAGCUAAACUUUUGCCUGUUUGGGGAUCAGUUACAUCAAAUCUAGACCCAAAGGUAGCUUCUAAAGUCAAUUAUUAUCUGCUACAAGCUGGGAAUUCUUUUGAUCAGGCAGUUCAUACCAGUAUUGAAGCAUCUAUUAAAUCAUACAAAUGGGUUAAAGCAAAUCCAACUGUACAGCAAUAUGCUAAAAAUGUUCAAGACACAUGGAAAUCGUUUUGGGAUAGUGUAUUCAAGAAAGUAAAAUCUACGUGAUCCGUGAGAUAGAUUUAAAAAAAAGACACAAUAAUAAACCAAUGUGUUUUUUUUUUUUUAUAUUCCAUGUAUCAAUUAUUUGAUAAAUUUUCUCGAAAACCCCAUCUUUCGUCUCCUAAACAUCAUCUGCUGUAUACAACUAACAAUUUAUUUGUAUGUAUGUAUUAAUUUUUUUUCAUAGAAAAUCAUUUUUGUCCAACUGAAUUACAUGUAUAAUUUUUCUUAUUUUUUAUAGGUACCUAAAUUUAUUAUGUAUUUUUUUUAAAUUAUACUUAAAUUUCAUUUUUAAUUAAAACUAUAUUUAAAAAAAA